AGCAGAGCUAGCUCCACCAUUGAAGGAGAAGCAAGAGUGCUGGUACUUACCAACCUUUGGGGUCUAUCACCCCCAAAAGCUGGAUCAAAUACGCGUGGUGUUUGAUUCUAGUGCUAAGCACGAAGGCAUUUCACUCAACGACGUCCUCUUGAAAGGACCGGACCUGAAUAAUACCCUUCUUGGAGUCCUUAUUCGCUUCCGCAGAGAGCCGGUUGCAGUGUCCACCGACAUACAGCAGAUGUUUUACUGUUUCACAGUCUGGAAUGAACACCGUGACUUUCUAAGAUUUUUGUGGUUCGAAGACAACGACUUCACAAAACCAGUGACUGAAUACCAAAUGACAGUGCAUGUGUUCGGUAACAGCCCUUCGCCAGCUGUGGCCAUUUAUGGCUUGAGAAGGGCAGCUGAAGAGGGAGAGAGAGAACAUGGUACAGAUGCUAAGCAGUUCAUAAUGAGGAACUUCUAUGUAGAUGAUGGGCUUGCCUCAUUCUCCAAUGCUGAGGAAGCCAUCACCGUACUGUCAAAUGCAAGAGAGAUGUUGGCAGAGUCAAGCAUCAGGCUACAUAAGAUAGCAUCUAACAGCAACACUGUUUUGAAUGCUUUCCCCCCAGAAGACCUUGCCAAAGGCCUUAAGGAUCUAGACCUGACAUCUGAUUCACUCCCACUCCAACGCAGUUUAGGCCUCAGAUGGAACCUUCAAACAGACAGUUUCUCCUUCUGUGUGUCUGACAAAGAAAAGCCAUUUACAAGAAGGAGAAUCCUUUCAGUGGUCAACAGUCUCUAUGAUCCCUUGGGGUUCGUGGCACCUGUCACAGUUCAGGGCAAGGCACUCGUGAGAGAUGUCUCCACAGAAGAGUAUGAUUGGGACACUCCUCUACCAGAAGACAAAGCAAUCCAGUGGAAUGUCUGGAAAGAUUCCCUCAAGGAACUUAUGCAGCUCCAGAUCCAGAGAACCUACAUCUCUGUUUCUCUGCUCGCCACAGUAUACAGAGAGAUUUGUGUGUUCUCAGAUGCAUCAACUAUGGCUAUAUCAGCUGUAGCAUACCUCAGGGCAAUCGAUACAGAAGGACACAGCCAUGUCGGGUUUAUCAUGGGGAAAUCCAAGCUGGCUCCACGUCCUGCUCACACUGUUCCUCGUUUGGAAUUGUGUGCAGCCGUCUUGGCAGUGGAAAUUGCAGAGACAAUAAUGGAUGACAUCGAUGUAGAGAUUAACAAAGUCAAGUUCUACACUGACAGCAAGAUCGUACUGGGCUACUACAUACAUAAUGCGUCCAGAAACUUCUAUGUCUACGUGGCAAACAGAGUGACAAGAAUAAGAAGGUCCUCUACCCCAGAGCAAUGGCACUACAUCAACACCAAACUCAAUCCUGCAGAUCACGGAUCUAGGUCUGUCUCAGCGGCUCUCCUACCAGAUACCAACUGGCUGACAGGUCCAGCUUUUCUAAGAAAUCCAGAAGUGGAUGAAGUUCCACAGCCAGAGGCAUUUAACCUUCUGCAUCCUGAGACUGAUGUAGAAGUUCGCCCUCAAGUUUCUACUUAUGCUACGAAAGCCACAAGUGGACUUCCUGGCUCACACCGGUUUGAAAGAUUCUCCAGCUGGAAAUCUCUUACUCGUGCAAUAGCCAAGCUUGUCCAAAAGGCUAGAGUCUUCUGGAAAAUUUCAGAUGGUAUCCAGAAAAAAGAUGAACUCAGUCAAGCAAGACUGGUCAUAUUGAAAACAACACAACAAAAUGUGUACAAAGAGGAAAUGAAAAGCCUAGCAAAGGGUGAAGAGUUGUCUCGACACAGUCCGCUCAAGAGUUUGGACCCCAUCCUUGACGAUGAAGGAUUGCUGAGAGUCGGAGGUCGGAAUUCAUCAGCAGACAUGACCUGGGAAGAAAAGCAUCCGAUCAUUCUUCCAAAAGACAAUCACAUAUCUACCUUGUUGGUACGAUACUACCACGAACAAGUGGCCCAUCAAGGCAGACACUUCACUGAAGGCGCAGUUCGGACAGCUGGACUGUGGAUAACAGGAAGUAAGAGACUUGUGUCAAGUGUGAUAAACAAAUGCGUCACCUGCAAAAGAAUGAGAGGAAAGCUCGAAGAACAGAAAAUGUCUAACUUACCUGCGGAUAGACUUACCUUGAAUCCUCCUUUCACGAACGUUGGACUUGACGUCUUUGGGCCUUGGACCAUCUUAGCGCGCAGGACAAGAGGUGGAUAUGCAGAGAAUAAACGCUGGGCAGUCAUGUUCACCUGUCUGAGUACACGAGCGGUACACAUCGAGCUCAUAGAGACAAUGUCAACCUCCAGUUUCAUUAAUGCCUUAAGGAGAUUCACCGCCAUCAGAGGGCCUGUGAGACUUCUGCGUUCCGAUCAAGGCACAAACUUUAUUGGAGCUUGCAGAGAACUGCAAAUAAACUCUGAAGACACUGAGUUGAAAGCUCACUUACAGGACAAAGGCUGUACCUGGAUAUUCAAUCCACCACAUUCCUCUCAUAUGGGAGGUGUGUGGGAAAGGAUGAUCGGCAUUGCACGCCGCAUUUUGGAUGCUAUGUUGCUUAAGGACAACUGUCGCCUCUCCCACGAGGUACUUGUGACACUCAUGAGUGAAAUCAUGGCAAUCAUGAAUGCAAGGCCUCUAGUUCCAGUAUCGUCUGAUCCUGACAUGCCAGCAGUUCUCACGCCCGCAAUGUUGCUUACUCAAAAGACUGAUCCAGUAUCUGCUCCUCUAGGGAACAUGGAUCUGAAAGAUCUCUAUAACAAGCAAUGGAGGCAAGUUCAAAGUCUAGCCGAAACUUUCUGGAAACGUUGGAGACAAGAGUACUUGACGACCCUUCAGCCCCGCAAGAAGUGGAAGUCAGAAAGACCAAACUUGCAAGUAGGCGAUGUGGUACUUCUCAAAGACACUCAAGUAAAGAGGAAUGAGUGGCCCACCGGCAUCAUUGAGGAAACCUUCCCCAGCCGUGACGGAAGGAUUCGAAAAGUGAAUGUGAAGAUCAUCAAACAGGGGACCCCUAAGGUUUAUUCCAGACCCGUUUCAGAGGUCGUACUGCUCCUCAGUAAAAAGACAUAGUGGUAUCUUAAAAUACCAGACGGGGAGUGUUAUGCCCCACAAUGUUAUUGUCUAAGACACCUAGUGGUGGAAAUCAGUUUUGCAGUUUGUGUUCUAAUUUGACCCUCCUGUCUUGCCGUAGCCAGCUUAGUGUGGGUGUGUUUCAGAGAGCAGUAGAGAACAGUUGAGAGCAGAUGUCAAACAAACAGGAUGUACUGCAAGCUUUAAGCUUUCUUUUCGACUUUGAAGACUUUGAAGGUCUAAACCUGUAAGUUUAUGUGAAUGUUACAUGCAUAUGUAUAAUGUGACACAUUAUUUGUGCAUUUUCAGUUUAAGACUGCUUUAGUAAGAUAUUUGUGCCCAUUGUUGAAAGCUAAUUACUGGCAGCAUUUUGUUGGUUUGGAUGCUUUGUUGUAUAUAGAUGGAUGCUGAAUGUAAAAUGUUUGUUUAUGUCUUUUUGUUCACAGUUUUACAAAAUAUACGAUUAAUCUUUCACUAA